AUUUAGUUUAAGGUCCCGAUCUAUUUCUGAAAAGUACAGACGAAACCGGAACCCUACUUGUCGUCUUCGCCGUGUUUUUAGUGUCUCCUCUUAAACCCCUGCAACCUUCUUGGUCUCCGACGGUGGUGAUUGAUUCGUAUCUGGAGGAAACGGAAUCAAGUUAUGGACUUGUUGUCGGAGUUUCUAUCUUCGUAAACGACUGAGUGUGCAGUGAUGAUUCUGAAGCAUCUUAAACAACUCACAUUGUCUGCUACGCGCAGAAACGCUCAUCUCCUACGGCUUCCAAGGCUCUACAGCUCUCCUGCUGUUUCUCAGUCUUUAACAACCUCCAAGCCUUCUAAAAGACUAUCGAGAGAUGAUCGACGACUUGUGGUUGAGUCUUUUGUCUCCAAAUACAGAGCAGCUAAUGCUGGAAAGUUCCCUACAUUGAAGGUUACUGUCAAGGAAGUGGGAGGCGGUUAUUACGUUGUCAGAGAUAUCCUCCAAGAGCUUAAACUCAGACCAAAUGCACCAAUCUCACGAGUCCCUGCUUCUAUAGCAAAUGAUGCUUCCUCACUGAAGCAGGAUCAUACAUUAGAGCCUUCUCAUGUCAGAAGUGAAACCGUGACAGCUUCUCUGGACAAAGAUGUUGACAGUAAAUGUGAUGGCAGUCCUCCAAAAAUUCAAACGUUGAAGGUAGCAGAGGAAUGUUUGAAGAACUCAGAGACUGAGGAAGAGGGAUCAUUGACACAGAUAGCUAGUCAAGAGCCUAAAGCAGACCAUCUUCAAGAAGCCAAUGUUUUGACUACACAUGGCACAAGAGAAACCGAGACAGCUCCUCCUAGCAAUGACGUUGACAGUAUAUGUGAUGACAGUCCUCAACUUCCAGAAAGUCAAACGUUGAAGGUAGCUGAGGAGUGUCUAAAGAACUCUGAGACUGCGGAUGAGGGAAUAUUGACGCAGUUAGUUAAUCCUGAGCCUAAAGCAGACCAUCUUGAAGAAGCCAAUGUUUUGCCUGCAACACAUCUCAAAGGAGAAACAGAGACAGCUCGUCCUCAAAAUGACGUUGACAGUAAAUGUGGUGGCAGUACUCUUCUCCCCGACAGUCAACCGUCGAUGCUAUCAGAGGAAUGUCUAAAGAAUUCAGAGACUAAGGAAGAAAGAAAUUUGACGCACUUAGGUAGCCAAGAGCCGAAAGCAGAAGACUGUCAUGAAGGAGGUGCGGCUUCAGCCAAUGUUUUACCUACUGAGACCAGACAAGUUCCAGAGGAAGGGGAUGGUGAGGUCAAAACAGGAGAAAAUUCAAGUGCUUGGAGCAGUAUAGUUUCAUUUGCGAAAGGAUUUGCCAACUUUUGGAGGAAAGGGUAGAUAAACUAGAUAUCAUCAAGGAGGUGAAAUAGCUACUUUAGUGCAGAAACUUAAGAAACCGCUUGUUCCUUUUGACCAUUUUGUAGAGGCUAUAUGUUUUGUGGUAGAACGUUUUGUGAAAAAGUCGGUUCAACAAGGUUACAAUACCAAAGAAAUACACAAAGAUUUUAUCU